GGGAAAGGACACACAUGCCAUGCAGAACAAAAGACAAGAAGCUGUCCCCCAUGCAAGCCUGCUCAGAAAUAGCCUAUCACUCACCCUCCUCUUCCCCCUCCAAGACACGGCAAAAUUUAGCAGGGACUGUUUGUUUGUGGGUGGACUUGCCGGCGAAUCAGAUCGGACCAUCCCCUCCCGUGUCCCCCUGUAGUCGCCGCUUUGGGCUCUGGCGUCCGGCUGUAUUAGCGACUGCAAUAUCUGUUUCUGGUCGGAGCAGCAGCCCGGAGACCGGGCCGCAGAUCGAUGCUGGUCGUACCAUCGGUUCUUGCUCAUCCGAACUUGUGUACUCACAUCUUCUUUCAAAUGCUACCGAUGCACGUGUGGUUCGCCAAGACAAGCGAGCUGCAGAUCGCCAGAGCCAGUAA